GUAUUACUCUCAAGUUAUCGUUUCUUCUCAAAUAAUUAUUUAAGACAAAUCUAAAUUGAUAUUUCAUCCCCCACCCCUUCCCCCUCUCACAGGAUUUAUUAUUGUUACCAAUGAUCGGUUCACUUGAAGUUUUUUCUUUCUUGACGAUUAUAUUUGGCUUGAUGCUAAUCGACCUCGUACCUCUGCAAGAAACUAUGACCUGCAAGGACCAUAAAAACACAACAAAAUGCCCAGAAAUAUACUUUUCAAUGGAUUAUCAGAGUGCACGUGAAAAGUUCCUGAAUUCGGCUCGGGCAGUGAAGGCUGAAAUAAAAAAUCACCUUGUCUUCACUCGAGGUGAUAUGCACUACUAUAUGGACACCGCUUUCUUUAAGGGAGAGCAUUCAGAUAAGUUGAUAGUUCAUGUAAGUGGCAUUCGCGGCGUGGAUGGUUAUAUUGGGAGUGGAAUUCAAAACAAGAUCCUGAAUGAUUGGAAUAAGUCUUCACCUAGACUUCCAUCUGUACUUUUUAUUCACGCUGUUAACCCCUAUGGUAUGGUACAUAAUCGGCUCUUUAACGAAGAAGGUGUAGAUCUUAAUCACAAUUAUUUCUUAAAGGAGGAGUGGGAUGAAAUUAAAUGUCAAAAUUCAAAUACAGAAGGCUACAUAAUACUAAAAGAGUUGCAGAAACUCAGCACAACGCCGAGACUAAUAGAUAGAUAUCUAUUUUUCUUGCAUUUUAUCAAGCUAACAGUAAAGUAUGGGUAUAGUUCUAUUAAAAAGGCGAUUAACACUGGACAAGAUCAAGAUCCUAAAACAAUUUUCUACAAUGGGGAUCGGGUACAAUCCAGCAUAAGUAUUCUUCAAGAUCUUCUCCAAACAUACUCCAAAGGAGUGACCGAAGCUAUUAUAAUAAAUGUACAGACAAGCCCAGGGUCUUAUGGCAAGGAAAGCAUCCUGGUGUAUAGUAAGACAGGGAAGGAACUCAGUGAGAGGAUUUUCGGCAAGAAGCGAAUUCAAGGCAGUGUGGUUGCUAUGGAUGCAACCGGCUGUGGGCAAGGCCGUACAGUCGGUGCGAUCCGACUGGCUUUGGGACUUGCGCCAAAGACGCUGGUUGUCACCGAAGCGUUCGGCAACGUCAGUCCUUUAUUAGCUAUUAGAUCCAUUGUGUUGGAGAGUGCUGCGUCUAACGCCUGUCCUGGGUCAUAUGCCCAUCACGUCACGAGCAUGUGGCUACGGGAGGCAUUCUAUCCACAAGAAACGAAGUACAAACAAACAGUACUGUUGAACGGUGUUCAGGCGUUUGACGAUGUUGUUCAAUACCUUUCAAACGCAACCUCCUAAUGCUCCCUCCUCUUCCUAUCCUUUCUGCACCACCAUAGUGCGUAUGUUGUAAGGUAAAGACUUAUAUGGGAAAUCCUGAUGCUGCCACCGAUGUUGUGAUUAGGCGGAA